AUGAAAAGUCUUCUUGAUGGAACUUGUGAUCCAAGUGAAUUAGCAAAGCAAAAAAUAAAACUAGAGUCAUCACAACACUUCAAAUGUCAACAUCAAACAUUUUGUAAUCAAAACUACCAACAUUGUUUCUGUUUUAGUCUUAAAUCUCCUAAAUCAGUGAUGCGACGUUUCACCAUCGAGGUUGGAAGUAAACUGUGGAGAAAAGAAAUCAGUUCUUGA